AUGAUUGGAUCAGUGUUGGAUGUAACGGAUUUGGAUAUAAGUCGAUUUUCGCUUCAAACAUCAAAUUCAUCAAUUGGAUGUCCUCCACUUGUCUAUCGAAGUCAGAAACAUUCACGUUUAAUGCUCGAACAGAUGAAUGAAUUAAGAUCAGAGAGCUGUCUUUGUGAUGUGACUCUCGUUAUUGGAAGCACUCGCAUAAAUGCUCAUCGUUUAGUUCUAGCUUCAUGUUCCAACUAUUUUCGCGCGAUGUUUACUUCUGAAAUGGCAGAAAGCAGACAACGAGCCAAGACACUGCAAACAUUAAUUGACUUUUGUUAUACGGGCGAAAUUUCUGUGGCUGAUAAUAAUGUUCAGUCAAUAUUGCCUGCUGCAUGUUUAUUACAAUUAAAUGAAAUACAGGAAGUAUGUUGUGAAUUUCUUAAGAAGCAGCUUGACCCGACAAAUUGUCUAGGCAUUCGAGCUUUUGCUGACACCCAUGCAUGUAGAGAUUUAAUGCGAAUCGCUGAAAAGUUCACCCACCACAAUUUCCAGGUCGAAGAAUUCCUCUUACUUCCCGUUUCUCAAUUAAUUGAAAUUAUCUCAAGUGAAGAACUGAAUGUACGAUCGGAGGAAACGGUUUUCGCUGCAGCAAUGGCAUGGAUUCGUUAUGAUCUUCCAAAUCGCCGGCCUCUUUUACCUAAGGUUUUGGAACAUGUUCGUUUACCUUUAUGUCCAGCGAAAUUUUUGGUUUGCAUUGUUAGUGAGGACCCCUUGAUAAAAAGUGAUGGGCAGUGUCGGGAUUUGGUUGAUGAAGCCAAGAAUUAUUUAUUAUUACCACUUGAACGACCUAAUAUAUAUCAAGAAUAUAUCUUCAAUUUUUCAAUUCAAUUUUUCGGAAGAAAACAAUUUUAUUUAAAUCGUAAGCCUGUGCGAUAUGGUGAAGUAUUAUAUGCAGUAGGCGGUUGGUGUAGUGGUGAUGCCAUUGCAUCUGUUGAAAGAAUGGAUGGACGUACUGGUGAAUGGCGUACCGUUGCUUCUAUGAGUAAACGUCGUUGUGGCGUUGGUGUUGCAGUGCUUGACCAACUGCUUUAUGCUGUUGGUGGUCACGAUGGACAGAGUUAUUUGAAUUCGGUCGAAAGGUAUGAUCCUGCAACGAACCAGUGGAGCAGCGAUAUUGCUCCGACGUCAACUUGUCGAACAUCUGUUGGUGUAGCAGUUCUAGAUGGCCUUCUUUAUGCCGUCGGUGGGCAAGAUGGUGUUUCUUGCUUAAAUCUUGUUGAAAGGUACGAUGCGCACAGAAAUGAAUGGAGUAAGGUUGCAACAAUGAGUACGAGGAGAUUAGGUGUUUCUGUCUCUGUUUUAAAUGGUUGCCUUUAUGCUGUUGGUGGCUCUGAUGGACAAAAUCCUUUAAAUACAGUUGAAAGGUAUGAUCCUCGAAUGAACAAGUGGAUCAUGGUAAAAUCUAUGGCAACAAGGCGAAAACAUUUGGGAACUGCGGUAUAUAAUGGAUGUUUAUAUGCAGUUGGUGGACGAGAUGAUGCUUGUGAGUUAUCAUCAGCGGAAAAAUAUAAUCCGAAUUCUGGUGAAUGGACAAAUAUAGUCGCAAUGAAUAAUCGUCGUUCUGGAGUUGGCCUGGCUGUUGUCAACAGCGAAUUAUAUGCUGUAGGUGGUUUUGAUGGAACAACAUAUUUAAAAACCGUUGAAGUUUACGAUCGUGAUGUAAAUCAAUGGAAGCAGUCCGGUUGCAUGAUUUAUAGGCGAUUGGGUGGAGGAGUUGGUGUCAUUCGUUUGGCAAAUGAUCAAGGCUUACCAUAUUCUACGAAUUUCUUAUCCGAAAUCAGUCCGAUAACUUGA